AUGGUUAUUGUUGGACGCUAUAUGGAGGUGAUCACCAUUGAAGUAGGCGAGCAAAGGAUCCUUGCCAAGGAUAGAAUUGAGCCGUCAAGUUCCGGGGUGAGGGACCAGGUGUCCCGCAUCUCGGCUGCAAGUUUGGACCGCUGCCUAAGGAGGGCGUCCAAAUUUGUGAGCGCCCCUGGGUCCGUUCUGCAAAGGACCAUCGACUACGCCGCCGAGGCGUUCGUUGCUUCCAUUCAAUCGGCUCUGGCUGUCAAGGCCGAGCUGGAUGGGAGGGAAGUUCUGGCAGCGAGGGAGAAAGAGGAGUUCUCCGCUGCCUUGGAGACUGCUUCCUCCACCAUGAAGGAUGAGCUGCUGAAGGCUCAUUCUGAGGUGGAGACUUUGAAGGCCGAGGUGGAGUCCCAGGCCGAGCUGUUGAAGAAGGAGGAGGACAGGCGCCAGGCCCAACUCCGAGCUGCCCACGCUAUUACCAGGGGCCUGGAGAGGGAGAAGUUCCAGCUCCUGAAGGAGAAGGACGACAUGCUCCAGGCGCUUGAAGCGAAGGAUAAGGAGCUGGAGCAUGCGACUGCCGAGCUGGAGACGGCGAAGGAGCGCCUCAGCAAUGGAGUCCUACUGGAGGAAGCAUUUAGGCAACAUCCUGACUUCGAUGGAUUUGCCAAAGACUUUUCUGACGCGGGCUUCAAGUUCCUCAUGAAGGGCAUUGCUUCCGACAUGCCCGACCUCCAGAUCGAUCUCAGCGGUCUGAAAAGGAGGUAUGCCGAGAAGUGGGCGUCUGGGCCUGGCGGCACCCCUGGCCCCCAAGCGUUGGUGGAUCAGUAUGUCAGGGAUCUGGACUCUGACUACUCCGAUCCCGAAGAGGACCAGGUCGGCUCCACUCAAGAGGGCGCUUCCCCAACAGGCUCUUAGGCAACCGCCCUUCACGAGGCUUUU